CAAAUGUUACUCUUACCCAUCUCUCUCUAUCUCUCUCGUUUACAACCUUUUCACGUGUCUCUCCCUUUCACACUUGUGUUCUUUUCUGUCUUUGUUUCUUCCCUCUGUUUUUUCCUAGGAAAACCAUUUCAAUUGGGGCGGUGGUUAAGGUUAAUGUUUCUCUGUUUUCUUGUUGAAACUUCGAGGCGAAAUAAAUAAAUAAUGGAAGGAAGAAAGCAAUUGGGUUCCUCUUCUUCAUCUUCUUCUUUCACUUCUGAACUCUUUGGUUCCAUUGAUUUUCAACCUUCCUCUGCUUCUUCUGGAAUUUUCGAUUCCCUUUUUUCUCCUUCUUCUAAGGUGUUUGGAAGAGAGUCUCUCCAUUCUGUACUGAAUGGAAAAACUGCUACUGAGGGAUCAAACUCCAAAAUUGCUACUCAAGAUUAUAUGAGUAAGGGAAGUGAGGGUGAAACUGAGAACAAAACAAAUAAGGAUUUGAGUUAUCUUUAUCAAGAACAAAGGGUUCAACCAUGUCAGCUUAGUUCAUCAAUCUAUUAUGGUGGCCAGGAUGUAUACUUUCAUCCUCAGAGUACUCGCGGUUCGGAAUCGAACACUAUGUACAAGAAAGAUGGUGGAGAAGAUGAUUCAGGAAGUGCCUCAAGAGGAAACUGGUGGCAAGGAUCUCUCUAUUAUUAAAAGAUCACACACUUUCCGAGGGAAACAAGCUUCUCAAGGUAAAUAGGAAGAUAUAGUGUGACAUGACAGUGUUGUCCAUCUUUUGUGACAUGGAUACUCUAGUGACAGUUGUGGAUGGCUAGUUACUUUCUUCAUCCAAACAACAGAAUCACAAUAUGAACAUAUAGUUAUAAUAUUUCUAUACAGAAUAACAUUACUUAGUGAUGGUAAUGCAUAAGUUGUAGAUGGUAUAGAAUAUGCUAGCUUUUAAAUCAAUGGGGUGAAACUCUAUUUUAGUGGUUUGGUUUUUCAUUUUAUGUAAGGUGACUCAUCUAUGAACAAUGUGAUAUGCAUGUGUUUUUGUUUCUGGACAA